CAGUGCAGCUACAUAAGCGCCUUACUGUGGAGGAGUAACCAGUUUGGUACAGUGUAACCUGCACAGAGCUGACUGAAUAAAUGACAGAGGGAGUGAUCCCAGAGACACAACAGAAGAGUAUUUCCAGCCCUGCUCAGCAACACUCCAGCUCACAGUGACAACAUCACACAACUAAUAUCACUACACAACUUGUGGAUAACUUUUGGCCUUAACCAUGGAUGCAGCUCCAGAUGUCUGGCAUACUCAAGUAGAACCAGAGGAAGGGGUGGACAAUAGACCAGAGUGCUCCAUCUGUUUCACCAGCUAUGAUAACAUCUUCAAGACCCCAAAAGUCCUGCACUGCUCACACACGUUCUGUUUGGAGUGUGUAGCGCGACUAGUAGCCUCUCUUCCACCAGAAAGCAAACACGAUAAGGUCCUAUGCCCCCUUUGCCGGCAACCCACAGCAAUCCCAGAGAAUGGGGUUCCAGAACUGCAGACAAGCCAAGAACUACUGUCUAACCUACCGUCCCACCUACAGCAUGAAGAGACGGUGUGGAUUGAAGGGAACAAACUUUGUUAUAAACAAGACUCGCAGUCCAACUCUAGCAACCAAAGCGUCUGCAUCUGUGUGGACAUUGGCAUGAGCAAAAAGGACACCUCCCCAGAACCUGUGCCACGCUCUAGAUUCCAGAGGUUUUGCUGUGGGUGCAGCGACUGGAAAAGACUCCUGCUCAUCGCUUUCAUGGUGGUUAUAUUGUUUUGCAUCCUUCUUUGGCCAGUACAGUGUAUCCUGAAGACGGGGAACCUGCGGUGUACAACAGAAACGUCACCCACUAAGGUGCCUCUGUCUUCUCUAAUGGUCACACUCAGUACAUGAGAGAAGAAUCAGUAGGACUCAUAUUUACAACACUCACUCAAAGACGGACACUGUGAUGGUGCUUUGGGUAUAAACAGUAACAAUGAGAACUUGCCUGUCUUCUUGAACAGUUUGUUACAUGCAUCUUCUGAUGGUAAACACUCUGUCUUCCGUGUUGUUCUAGAGUUGGUAAAUUAGGACAUGAAAACGCUCUCCCUUAGGAUGUGAGUUGGAUAAAUUGGGCAUGUUAAUCCAGCAACUCACAGGCACUGGAAAUGACAAUGUGGGGUGUAAGAGUGGCUCUUUGUAAAUGCAUGUGACAGAUACGAGUUGGUAUGUUUUUGCAAGAUACUAUGAAAAAAUACAGUAUUACUUAAAGCGUUAAGUAUCGGCUGAACCAUAACACUUAGUCUGUGCUACGUGCAGGGAAUGCAUUAGAUCAGUAUUCAGAAAGCAAAUGGCAAGUGUACAGCAAAAUCCACUGUGUGUAGUAGUGGUUUAAGAGAAGUCAUAAAUGUGGGAUAUAGCAGAAGGGACAUGAGGUGGAUUUUAUUUGCUACAAAUAACUAUUUAAUCGGUAGAGUGGAAGGAGAUCAUUAAGGAGGGGAAUUGGAUUUUUAUGCUUCUAAAAUGCCAGGCUCCACUGCAAUCUUGAAUCAGCAAUAAUGGAGCUGUAAACAAGCGUUUACCGCCAUUAAACGCAUUAAGGAACUACACAUGAGGGAUAUCAGUAUUAGAAGUGGCCAUGGUUCUAAAACGGAAAGGAGUGCUGGUAAUAGAUGUACGGAACAUUCCCACCUCAUCCAGAAAUUACAUAUUUCCUGUGUCCAAAUUGGUUAGUAAAUUAAAUAUUAAGCCAAUUGUUCAAGUAGGGAGAUUAUGUGAACCAACCAUUACAUGUUUUAUAUACUGUAUGUUAUAGUGCUUGAUGUAUACAGUACUUUUGGCAAAUACAGGAGAAUGGAUUCUUCUGGCAGUGCCUGGAUUACUCAUCACCAAACAUUUAGGACUCAGAAGAUGUGAUUUGCCAUCAUUUACAGGAGGGCGCGGAGAAUGCCCAUGGCUGCAUUUUAUGGGGGCAUCAGAUGAAUAGUCUACGGCAAAGGUUCCCAGACACAGUCCUCAAGGCACCUUAAUGGUCCAGGUCUUAAGUUUAUCCAUGCUUGGCCACAGGAAACUAAAUUAUUACCUCAGUCAAUAUGAUUUAACCAUUUGUGCCGAGCCAUGGAUCUACUUAAAGCCUGGACUAUUAGGGUGCCUUGAAGACAGAGUUUGGGAACCUCUUGAUCUAAGGGAUUGUAAAGCUAGUAUGUUUUAUACAAACAUUAUUAAUAUGGAAACGUUUCAGCAUCAUAUUCAAACUACAAAGAAAUUUUAGAACUUUUUUGAUCAACAGUGACUUCCUCUCACACUUGCUAAACUUUCCACUGGCCAAGCUGUGACUGGAAACACAUGCUGAAACUUGCAGUUCUACAACAUACGGAGAGCUGCUAGUUACCUACCUCUUUCUUUAUAAGUUGCACUGCAGCAAACAAAAGACGAGCCAUCGCCUCCAGAACAUCUGUGCGGUCAACUACGCUAAAACAUUGCUUUUAUCACUGUGACGCUGCUGCUUGUAAUACCUGAGCCACUUACAUUGCAGAACAUUCUUAACUGCUCUUAAUUAUUGAUUUCUUGAUUCACUUUCAUUGCAAGGAGUUGAAAUAUUUUGGAUUAUAUUCUGCAGUGCGUCUACCAACAGAUUUCACAAUGGAUAACUGCUCUAUAACAAAGUUCUUAAGUCAAAGAAACAUAUUACCAGCGGGGCAGUAAUAGGAUUGCCUUUACAGAAUGACACAAAGGGGUUCAAUUUACUCAUAUAAUGUGUACUAACUGAAAGCCGCCAAUCAAACCUUUCCUCUGAGUUUAGCUUGCACUAACCGGAACAAAGAUCAUUUUGAGUGGUUGCUAUAAGUUACUGCUUCAUUGCACCUAUGCUAUUAAGUGAGCUCCAGUGUGUUAAGGAUAAUAUAAUAAAUUAUAAAUGACUAGCUCAAGGAAAAGGUAAAUAUGCUCAAACUUUAGAACACAAAAAUCAAUAAUUGAAGCAGGCAGAAUUGCACAGAGGAUUUACUCCUGAGAGAAUAUGCUGCACAUUCUGUAUACAGGGAGACAAAUACAGAGGAACGGUAUAUGAAGAGCAGAACUCAAUGUGAUCUUGAUAUGAUAUAUGGUUAUAAAGAGAAUGUAGUUAUUUCACUUUUUUUUAUGCUGUCCUGUCACAA